GAUCCUGUCCUAGAGCUUGCUAAUCCCCAAAAUCAAACCCAAUCCACCCAGCGAGCUGUCCGCGUCCUCGUCGCCCCGCCUCGUCCAAGAACAGCAGAUGGCGAGCUCUUCCUCCUCCGCCAAGACCCCCGGCGAUGAGGCAUUUCUACAAGUGCCAUUAACACGGACCGGGUGGAUGCAGAUUCUAGGAAUGGGAGGAGGCCCACGUCGACUACAUCCGACCUCGUUAGGGUCACAUCUUUGCAGUUGCCGCUGCUAAUCAGCUCCGACCAGGUGUUCAAGCAGAGGACAUUCUUCUUCAGGCUCAGGCUGACCACAGGACCAUCCUGCUCGUGGGGAUUGCUAUGCUGUCAGCUGUUCUUCUCAUUCUAUGUUCCAUGGCUUAAUGUGUCAGGAUUUGGGAGCUACUAAUAUGAACCACCAUGGUGUUAGCUGCAGAAUACUUGGUCACCAGGCAUGCAUCUCUUCAAGCUUGAUCUGGAAUUUUCAAGAUAACAAUGGUAGGUGCAACACCAGCGCCAACAUUCCAGAUGAUGAUUCUGAUGCAGAAGAACUGGACGAGGCCCACAGCAGCAAUGCAACUUGUCCAUCAGCAACUUCAGGCACAUCUAUUUAGAAGCAAAUGGUCAAUCGACAAACACACUACAUGCACUGUUCUAGAUGAAAAGAGGAAGAUUAGGUUCUGGUCAUCACUUUUUCACCUAUCACAGACAAACGUCCUGGCUGGCGAUAAAAUGUGGGAACUUGCAGCAAUACAAGCUCACUUCACAACUCCAAAUGUGAAGCAAAACAUUGCAAACUGUAGGCUGUUUCAUGUCCCAGUCAUUGCUCAUUGCUCAACAAAUGUAUCAACAUUUUCGAUCCCCUCCCAUCUUGCCCUGAAAAGAAAAGAUUGCACCAGACCAUGGCAGACGAUCCAUAUGGCUCUUUUCAUGUGUAUCUACAAUUUUUUCUCUUCAUGGCAAGUUCAAUGCACCAACUUGAAGAAUAAAUACCCACCUCAUCCAGUCAACAUGAUUCACCGAGGAGGAGUCUUUAAUCUGCAUAAUUCACAUUGCAAGACACUUCAACGGUGUAAACUUCGAGUAACCACUCUGAGAUUUCCAUGGUCCAGUCAUCCUACAAACAUGCCGGUGUCUUUACAUAUGGGGCAUGUUGACCAAAACAAUACGCAUUGUUGAUCCCCUGACAUACACCCCAAGUGUUCGUGAAAAUAUAGAACUCCACAAGAUUGCCGCUGACAAGAUCCACAUAGCCUUGUUCACAUGCAUCUACAAGACAUCUUGGAGAUAAUCCCAAAUCAAAUCAUUGAAGCAAUUAAAGUUCAAUAGUUUCCUAACGCCACCUAUGAACAAACGGUUUGAAAUAACCAGUGGAUGUUGAACACUAAAGUAUUGCAGCAGCACCAUCCGUUUGGGAGGACAAAUUUUAUAAGUACUUUGUUGCUUAAUUGCAACAACUAUUCCCACAUUGCUCCACAUUUGUGUUGUACAGUGACAAAUUUUCCUAUUGGCUCAAUAAUAUUGAUCUCUCAAA